CCAAUCGGCGCCGGAGCUAAAAAAACAAAACUCAGGGAUAGAAAACAAUUGCCCGCCGUUCAGUAAAGAGAAAAUGCACGGUCUGGCAGUGAGGUUCAGGAAGUAUCUGAUUCUGCUCUUCAGCGUCACUCUAGUGCUCUACCUCCUCUAUUACUAUUACGUCACCUUCGCCUCAUUGUCCACCAACGCCGCAGCCGUGGAACGCCGUUGUAUCCCCGUCGAAGAACACUACGAGAUCAUCCGAAACAUCUCCACCUCCGUCUCCAAAUCCCAACAACCACUGGAGAACGCCCGCCAUCACCACCUCAAGAACAAAACCGCCCCUAAAAUCGAACGCCGCCCUCCUCCUCCUUCUCCUCUGCCGAUAUCUUGUCCUUUGUCGCCGCCGAUCGGGUUCGGGACGGAGGUGAAGCACCUGGUGUUCGGCAUCGCGGCAUCGGCGGAGCUAUGGGAGACGAGGAAAGAGUACGUGAAAGUGUGGUGGAGGCCCAGGUCGAGCCGGGCCGUAGUUUGGAUGGACCAGCCCGUUCCCAGGCCGAAGAACAGGGAAAAGAAGGAGGAGGCCCUGCCCGACAUCAAGAUCUCCGGCGACACGUCCGAAUUCAAGUACUCCAACCGGCAGGGCCACCGAUCGGCUCUCCGGAUCUCCAGGGUCGUCUCGGAGACGCUGAAGCUCGGGUUGAAAGACGUGAGGUGGUUCGUCAUGGGCGACGACGACACCGUUUUCAUCCCCGAGAACGUCGCCCGGAUCCUCGACAAGUACGACCACCGCCAGCCCUAUUACAUCGGGAGCUCGUCGGAGAGCCACCUCCAGAACAUCUACUUCUCCUACAACAUGGCCUACGGUGGCGGCGGCUUCGCCAUCAGCUACCCUCUCGCCCGCGAGCUCGCCCAGAUCCAGGACAAGUGCAUCCAGCGGUACCCCGGGCUGUACGGCAGCGACGAUAGGGUUCAUGCUUGUAUGGCCGAGCUCGGCGUUCCUCUCACCAAGGAACCUGGAUUUCAUCAGUACGAUGUAUCAGGAGACCUAUUGGGUCUACUGGCAGCACAUCCAGUGACGCCGCUGGCCUCACUGCACCACCUAGACAUAGUAGAGCCAAUAUUUCCAGGGAAGAGCAGAGUGGAAGCUCUGCACCAGCUGUUUCAAUCGGUGAGGGUGGACGCGGCAAGUGUGAUUCAGCAGUCCAUAUGCUACGACAGGGACAGGUACUGGUCCGUAUCGGUUUCGUGGGGGUAUGCGGUUCAAGUGUGGAGAGGGGUGAUCUCGCCCAGAGAGCUCGAGGUGCCAACUAGGACGUUCGAAAACUGGUACAAGCGAGCUGACUACACUGCCUACUCGAUGAACACUAGGCCUGUCACUAAGCACCCUUGCCUCAAGCCCUUCAUCUUCUACAUGAGCGCCACUAAACUCGAUCGUGCUAGAAAGAAGUCUGUUGGGGUGUACUACCGGCACAAGACUCCUUCGCCUUACUGUCGGUGGAAGAUGGCUUCGCCGCAGAAGAUCAACUCCAUUGUAGUUGUGAAGCGUCCUGACUACCAUAGAUGGAAGAAGUCACCAAGGAGGGAUUGCUGCAGAGUUCUGCCAUCGAAUCGAACAGAUUCGAUGUACGUGUGGGUGGGGAGUUGUCGAACAGGCGAGAUCAGUGAACUGGACAAGAAAUGAAAUGGGGGAAUACGGCUUAUCCAUCUCCAUAACUCCAUCCCAUUUCCUUUCUUCUCAGAAGUGCAUACAGUAGUAAAGGCAACUACUACUAACAAACUAAUGGAAAGUGAGAGCUAAGGAAGCAAUAUUGACGGUUUCUAGCUUUCAUCACACCAAGAAGAAGACCCAGAAAAGAACUGUGAACCCAAUCAAUGGUGCCAAGAAGA